AUGCCACCCGUCAAACGUGUCGCGGUGAUUGGACUGGGUCCAGCCGGAGCAAUUUCCAUUGAUGCGCUCGCGAGAGAGCAAGCAUUCGAUGUUAUUCGGGUAUUCGAAAGAAGAGAAGCGCCUGGUGGUUGCUGGAUUGAAGACAAGGCUGCUCCUCCCCAUCUGAGCGACUUUGGAAACUUAGCUCUGCGAAGAGCCGAUCCGACUGUGAAACCUCCUCAAUCCUUACCAGCGCGGACACGGAAGACAUCGCAGCAGCGGUAUACCGAGUCAUCGGUGUAUCCGUACUUGGAGACUAACAUCGAUGCGAUCCCAAUGUCAUAUAGCGAGGAGCCCAUCCCCGUCACCAGGAGCGAGUUGUCGAUUUCAAAGCAUGGCAAGGACACGCCGUUUCGGCACCAUUCGACGGUUCAGAAGUACGUUGAGGGAUUAGUAUACCGCAAUGGCUAUGAGAAGCUCGUGACGUACAACACGACAGUCGAGCUGGCCGAGAAGAUUGGAAACGAGUGGAAACUAGUACUAAGACGAGAAGGCGAGAAAGAAGACGAAUGGUGGGAGGAAUGGUUCGACGCUGUAAUUGUAGCGAGCGGACACUUUCAUGUGCCCUACAUACCAAAGAUCGACGGCCUGGAAGAGUUCGAGAAGCAGCGUCCAGGCAGCGUCAAACACAGCAAAAUGUUCCGGGGCCGCGAGAACUAUCACGGAAAACGUGUCGUGGUUGUUGGUGCAUCUGUCUCCGCCGCAGAUAUCGCAACCGAUUUGAUCGGAAUAGCGAAAGGGCCCGUCUACGCCGUCGUCAAAGGUCACAAGGCAAAUGGUUAUUUCGGUGGUGAGGCAUUCGAUCACCCCGGCAUCGCGCAGAAGCCCUCGAUAUCUCACAUAUCGUCAUCGAACGGCCAACGAACCGUCCAUUUCAUCGACGGAAGCGCCGUUGCAGACGUUGACGAGAUAGUUUUCGGCACAGGAUACUCGUGGUCUCUGCCAUUCCUGCCCAACGUCGAGGUCAGGAACAAUCGCGUGCCGGAGCUCUACCUCCACGUCGUGUACCAGAGGGAUCCGACUUUGCUCUUUAUCGGCGCGGUCGCUGCAGGGCUCACGUUCAAGAUCUUCGAAUGGCAGGCGGUAUUGGCUGCGCGACUCCUUUCCGGACGCGCCACGUUGCCUCCAUUGAGCGAACAAAAGGAAUGGGAAAAGAAGCGUGUGGCAGAGCGAGGCGAUGGUGUCGCUUUCACUCUCGUGUAUCCUGAUUUCGAGGAGUACUUCGAAAAGGUGCGAAGACUGGCUGGAGAGCCUGAGCAAGGAUCUAUUGGGAGACGGCUCCCCAAGUAUGACCGUGCAUGGUUCGACAUAUUCGUGAAAGGUCACGAGACAAGGAAGAUAUACUGGCGACAACAGAACGAAAAGGCGAGAAGGGAGCUGGAAACACCGCGAGCGAGGCUUUGAUUGGUACGUGUAAGAGUGAUGGUUGUA